UUCAAAUACUUUUUUUUUUUGUUUGUUUGUUAUUUAACUAGAUCCUCGUCGUGCCAGCUCCUCGGGCUCACUCUCACCUCUGAAGACGCCUCACAAGCUUUUUUUAUUCCACUUUUCCUCUGAUCCCCUUAAACAGAGGAGUUACCAAAGUCCCAGAGAUGGUGACUUUACGCACGGGAUCCCAGCGCAGCUCCAUCUGACUGCUCUUGUUGUGUUUUUUUGUGUUUUUUUUGACGCUGAAACUCUUCAACCAUCACCCCAAAACAUCGAUCUCACAAGUUUCUGGCUGGAAACACGCAGCAGCGAAUGCAGAGAAAGUGAAUCCAGGUGACGUUCAUGAAUUUUAAAGUCAUCAGCAAGUGAGAAGAGGGUGUUGGAGUUGAAGUCUCUUAUUUCUAAUGAUGUCUUCCAUGCGAGCAACGCCUCCCUUCCACCCACCGUCUGAGGAGGAGGAAGCGAUGGGUCAGGACACCGCGGCCUGGGCCGGCGACGAGCGAGAGGGCCCGAAGGAGACGCCGUCUCCCUCUUCCCAUGACAGACCCCACCCGGACGAGCUGCAGCCAAUCAGGGAGAAGCGGACGGAGGCCGAGUGGGAGAACUUGGUGCCUGCUGCGAUGGACAAUGAGAGCAGUAAAGGCUGCUCAGUCUACUCCUACCGGACUAACUCUACCUCUCCACCCAAGCCAGAGGAGUGCUCCAGGGAUCGCGGGGAGCCAAUGAUCGGCCUCGUCUUCGGGACGCCGGAGCGCCGCAAAGGAAGCCUGGCAGACGUGGUGGACACACUGAAACAGAAGAAACUGGUGGAGCUGACCAAGACGGAACAAGACGAACCAACUUGCAUGGAGAGGCUCCUCUCAAAGGAUUGGAAGGAGCGCGUUGACCGCCUCAACGCAGACGAACUGUUGGGGGAGGUCAAAGGUACGCCGGAGUCCCUGGAGGAGAAGGAGCACCAGCUUUCCACCAUGAUCGGUCAGCUGAUCAGUCUGAGGGAGCAGCUCCUCUCCGCCCACGACGAGCAGAAAAAGAUGGCCGCCUCACAGCUGGAGAAGCAGAGACAACAGAUGGAGCUGGCCAGGCAACAGCAGGAGCAGAUCGCCAGACAACAGCAGCAGCUCCUUCAGCAGCAGCACAAGAUAAACAUUCUCCAGCAACAGAUCCAGGUCCAGGGUCACAUGCCUCCUCUGAUGAUCCCAGUGUUUCCUCACGACCAGCGGUCUCUGGCUGCCGCCGCUGCUGCACAGCAGGGCUUCCUCUUCCCACCAAGCUUGUCCUACAAGCCAGGUGAGAAUUACCCCAUGCAGUUCAUUCCAUCUACAAUGGCAGCUGCAGCAGCAUCUGGACUCAGCCCAUUACAACUACAGCAGCUGUAUGCCGCCCAGCUGGCAAGCAUGCAGAUCUCACCGGGAGCCAAGAUGGCUCCCCUCCCACAGGCUCCAAACUCGUCUGGUCCCCUCUCCCCAUCCGCCCUGAAGAGCGAGAAGAGAGCAUCCAGUCCUUUGGCUAACAUUAAGGAGGAAGGAUCCACACAGCCGUUGAACCUCUCAGCCAGACCCAAGACAGCCGAGCCUCUUCGCUCCUCGACGUCCCCGACGCACGGCCUGUUCACCGGGAGCAAGUCCAGCCCUACAGGCCUGGGCAAGGGCCGCAUCCCGAGCCCGCUCGCCAACAUGGGCAGGAACACCUCUCUGGACAUCCUGUCCAGCCUCAACUCCACAGCGCUCUUCGGGGACCAGGACGCCGUGAUGAAGGCCAUCCAGGAGGCCAGGAGCAUGAGGGAGCAGAUCCAGAGGGAGCAGCUCCACCACCACCAGCAGCAGCAGCAGCAGCAGCAGCAGCAGCAGCAGUCGGGACACCACAGUCUGGAGGCCAAACUGUCCGCCCUCAGCGGCAUGACCCUCAACAACGGCAACAAGGAGCGUCUGCACUAUGAGACGCUGAGUCAGCACCUGGGGAAGCUCGGGGAGGACGCUGGGAAGAUGGUCCACCGAGUCAUCGACCUGACGAGACCAGAAGAUCUGGAUGGGAGUACCAUCACGGAGGCCAGAGUGUUCAGAGAGGCGAGGGGCAGGAACAACGCCGAGCCCCACAUCAAGAGGCCCAUGAACGCCUUCAUGGUGUGGGCCAAAGACGAGAGGAGGAAGAUCCUGCAGACCUUCCCCGACAUGCACAACUCCAACAUCAGCAAGAUCCUCGGCUCUCGCUGGAAAUCCAUGACCAACCAGGAGAAGCAGCCGUACUAUGAGGAGCAGGCCCGCCUGAGCAAGAUCCAUCUGGAGAAAUAUCCCAACUACAAAUACAAGCCACGGCCCAAGAGGACCUGCAUCAUCGACGGCAAGAAGCUGCGCAUCGGAGAGUACAAGCAGAUGAUGCGGUCACGACGUCAGGAGAUGAGGCAGUUCUUUGUGGGGCCUCAGCCACCGAUGCCUCUCGCCAACAGCCCUGGCGGAGUAGGAGUUUACCCAGGCGCCAUAACCAUGGCAACAACAGCCACACCAUCCCCACACCUGACCUCAGACUGCUCCAGCAACUCAGCCAGCCCUGAACCUGCCAUCCCUGUCAUUCAGAGCACGUACGGGAUGAAGUCCGAGCCUGGCAUCGGGGGCAACAACGGCGGUGGGGUCGUAGCCUUGGAUCUGCCAAGCCACCCCACCAACGGAGACGACGACAUGGACAUGUACGAAGACUUUGAGGACGAGCCCAAGUCAGACUAUAGCAGCGACCACGAGACACGGGAGGCCGUCAGUGCCAACUGAGUGAUCUCGGGGUGUCAGUUGUACAAAAGAGAAAGAAAAGAAAACUCCUGUUAUUCUCAGAGACACUUUUUAAAAACACAGUUUAUUAUAGAGACCUUGAGGCAAUCUAUCAGGACGUGUUGCGUCAUGCACUGAGCAUGCCCAGACAGGAUCCAAACUCAGCGGACAUGCUCAGAAAGUUCUUGGACGGUAUCUCGACGGACGUCCAUUUGAAGAAUAGAGCUGAUGGAAACAAAUGUGACCCAAGAAAACAACCUGAACAGACAUUCAGACAUCCAACUGACAAUGACCUUCAGUUUCCUACACUUUGACAAUCUUAACAGGAGCGAAUAAGAGUUAGAGGAAAGAAAGAGAAAGAGAGAGAAUGGGACAAAGGACAAAUGAGCGACGAACACAUUACUGUGUGGUAUGUAAAGAGCAUGCAUGGAAAGUGAAACAUCAGGAAUUGGUCUUCAACAGCUAUUUGGUCUUAAUGUUUAAAGAGUGAUUUAGUUUUUAUCAUUAUGUAUUUACUUCUUUUGUGUUUUUGUUUCCUCAUUGUUUUUUUGUUCUAUAGACUUUUUUUCUGACAGGUCACUGCCUGUACAAACUCUGGACUGUCAGAACUUGAAAUUUGAAAAGUUUUAAUAUAAAUCCUAGCUAUUGUAAUCUUAUAGUCUUACUUUUGUUUCUUACGAAUACAGUGCAUCUACAUCUUGUUUUUCUGACAAACUGCUUACAUUACAUUACUGUUAGUUUUUCUUUUUUUUUUAUAUCCCAGCUCAGGUAUGAUGUGCCAGCUUGUGAAUGUGGUUUUUUUUUGUUUGUUUGUUUUCAUACAGAAAGAGUGGUAGGACUUUUCAGACUGUCAAUGAAAUAAAGGGAGCAAAAUCCCUUAUAUAACAUUAUUAUUAUUAUUAUUAUUAUUAUUAUUAUUAUUAUUAUUAUUAUUAUUAUUAUUAUUAUUAUUAUUAGUAUGUAAGUAAGAAAGUACCCAGGCAUUGUACAGAUUUAAUUCAAAUGUGCCAAACCUACAUUCACAUUCACUCGGGAUGUUGUAGUCUUAACUUCCAAUGCUGCAAAAAAGUCUUAUACAAUCAGCCUUUUUCUAUCUGAUGAGAUGAGUUCCUACUUAACUAACUGCUGGCUCCCCUCCUGGCCCAAUCACAGGCAGAGCUCAGGGAGGAUGUGUUUUCAUCACGCGCGCUCAGUCACAAUCACACACACACACACACACACACACACACACACACACACACACACACACACACACACACACACACACACACUUCGAUCUCUGGCAGACCCUCAAGAUGUAGUUAGAAGAGUCUGUUCUUCAAUUCCACUGCAUUGGUGCUUUCAUGAACCACGUCGUCCAUAGUUCCACGAGGCCAAACACUUAGCACAUUGUGCUGUAGUUGCAGCAUGGUGGAAUUUAGUAUUGGAGUCUGUCCCUUUCAAACUGGCCAAAGGUAGAGACACUUUAAGAGUUCAUGAAUCUUAAAAGUGUCCCAAUAGCUCAUUCUGCGUCACAAAAAAAGGGGAUGAGCAGCCCCAGAAUUAACCUACUGUAGAAAAAGAGUUUAUAAUAUUCUUGAUCCCUUAACUGUAUUUUGAAUUGUGUUUUGAAUUGGUACUAUAGUGUACAAAAUGUUACUAUUUUUAUUAGCCUGUUCAAAUUUGUAAAUGCCUUCUCAGCAUCACGUGGGGAAGAUAAACCAAACUUGUGUUUUUAAAAAAGAAUUUAUAUAGUUUCAACAAAUGGGUUUAAGAGGUCUGUUAUUUCAAUAAGGGUACCUUUUUCUACAUCGCAUGUAUAUUUUGAAGAUGAGUAAAUUAUUAAGAGAACAAUGGAGAAAAAAAAACAAUAGGUGCAUAAUUCUCAAUCAGCUUCUCAGUCAAACACCCCAGUCAGAGCAAAGUGUUACUGCAGUCUGAAACAAGAUGUUCCUCUUUCGUCUUGUUGUGGCCCAGCGGUCAGCACCUCGCUGGGUGUGCACGCUUUUUCCUCUAUUUUACUCAAAUGUCACAUUCUUUCUCUGAAGACAAUAUUUUUCUUUGGAACAUUUUGAACACCUGUGACCUUGGAUUCUGAGUGCUCUUUUUUUAGCUGUUAGCUGUUUCACACGUCUUCAUGGCUCCAUGUUUCUCACCAUAUCUGGCAGGUUUUAUUUGGGAAAGCUUCACAAGCUGGGACAGAACAUUGUUUUUUGCUUGCAUCACAGUAAAAAAAAAAAGCCUCAUGCUUAGACAUUUCUGUUUGUGUCAUACGCAUCCUAAGCACUGGAUAUAAAUUCUAUGUAUUUGUUUUUUUUUUUAGUAUUGACUAAUGUGAAGUUGUUGUUUGAUUUUCAACAUGAUAAAUUAGAACAGUCAAAAGUCACAUGUUUGGACUCUAUAGGAAGCCUCGUACAUGCUUGGGACAAGUAAAUUGCCAUUUCUUUAGAAGCAUUUCAUAAAUUGAAGCAAGUUUUGUUUCUGCAGCUCUAGUGCCACACCGGGUCACAUCGCCUCUGAUCUCUUUAAAACCUCAUGCUCUUGUCAGUUGUGACCUGCAGAAGCAGAACACAAGUUUUCCUGGUCACAUACAUUUUGUGAUGAGUAUUGUAUUUGAAAUUCAAUUGUGCGUUUUAACAUUACAUUGUAUUUAUUAGCCAGCUUUGGCUCUAAAAAGUGUCAGUACAACUUGGUGAGAAAGACAAUCAAAAAAAAUAAAUAAAUAAAAA